AUGGACGAAGAGGUCGAUGUCCUCAUCUGCGGCGGCGGUCCUGUCGGUCUCUUAAUCGCCUACUGCCUUGCUCGCUAUGGUGGCGUAUCCACAUACGUUGUGGAACAACAUGAACGUACCAAACAGACAACCUAUGGCCGCGCGGCCAUGAUAGCACCACGUACGCUAGAGAUGCUUGAUCAGCUGGAUCUGGCGGAUGCUCUAGGGCAGGUGGGAUUCGUAGUGCGGGGACAGGUAUCUUACAAAGAUGGAGAGCGGGUUGAGAGUCUUACUGCGGCGUCUUCGAACAUCAGCGAUACCUUUUUCGAUUACCUGCUUCUUUGUCGCCAACGGUUUACUGAAGACGUGAUUCGUGAUGGGUAUAGCAGAUACAAUAAGAGGGGUGUUCAUCACGGAGCUAAAUUAGCUGACUUUGCAGUUGGGCACAAAGAUGAAGAAUAUGCAGUCCGGUCGGUUGUGGAGACUAAAGAUAAGGGUACAAUCUCAAUACGAAGCAAGUAUUUAAUUGGCGCCGACGGUGGACGCUCAAGAGUACGAGAGCUCGCCGGCAUCCAAUUUGAAGGUGAGAGAAGCAAUCGCCACUGGAUCCGUAUCGAUGGCAUUGUCGAGACAAACAUGCCUGAGGCCCGGAGAGGUAUAUGUGGGAUCGAAUCCCGAAGUCAUGGAUCCAUUCUCUGGGCUUGUCUUGAUCAUGGAGUAACACGCGUGGGUUUUGCCCUACCAGAAAAGCUUUGGGAAGAAAUUGGUGCAGAAAUAUCCCGGGAAGAUGUGAUUCGAGAAGCUCAGAAAGCGUUGCAGCCUUUCACGCUCGAUUUCAAGACCGUGGACUGGUGGACUGUGUAUUCCGUUGGCCAACGCCUGGCAGCCGAGUAUAGAAAGAAUGAGCGAGUUUUCCUUGCCGGAGAUGCUGCGCACACGCACUCAUCCGGUGCAGCGCAGGGUAUGAAUACUGGUUUGCACGAUGCUGUCAACCUUGCUUGGAAGCUAGCUGGCCGUAUCAACGGCUGGCUUUCAGAGGAGGCUCUUGAUACCUACGCAGCUGAACGCAGGCCUAUCGCAGAGCUGAUCAUUGAGCAAGACAAGAUUAUAUCAGUACUAACAGGAGGAGAUAUUCCAGAACUGUUCAAAGGCGCUCCUGACAUGGGCGCUCAUAAGCUCCUUACGGAAAUAUACAAGAAGAACGCCUCCUUGAACACUGGACUUGGCAUCACAUACGCUCCAGACGACCUCACCAUCGUCGCCCCAACUACAACAGUAUCUCGGAAGGUCCAACCCGGAGAGCGCACUCCUGAUGUACUUGUCCAACGACCAGGACUCCGCGUUUCUCUGCGUCUUCAUUCAGUUACAAAGAACUGUGGCAAGUUCAUCAUCAUGCUUUUCUGUGGGGACCCAAGCCACACCCAAGCCUCAUGGAAGACCUUCCGAGAGUACCUAGACGAUUCAACAAGCUUCUUACGCUACCCGGUGGGUAUCUUCCAAGGCGUUACCAUUAUUGCUGGCAGUAAUGAAGCUGGCUCACCAGACGAGCGCCUGGGUACUCCAUGCUUUGGGAACGCGUUCUAUGACGUCGAUGGUCUCGCGCAUGAAAGAUAUGGCAUCCCAAUAUCCAAGGGCGCAGUGGUUGUAGCAAGGCCUGAUGGAACGAUCGGGACUGUCUGUGCUUUUGGCGAUGGGGCAAGUCUGUCGAGAUACUUUGAAAGGUUCGUGGCUGUUGAGAAGAGAGUUGGUCUCCACAGUCAGCAAAAGAGCGACUGUGAGCCAAAAUCUAAAACGGGCGAAAUAGAUCUGGAAAGAGAGGAGGGGUCUCAAAAGGACAAGAGAGUGGUCUAUGAGACGGCAUGA